CCUGGUUUCUUGGUCAUGCGGGGUGUGGACUAGGUAGACAGCCCGGGCCAUUCUCUGCAGGUGGAACUGGAAUCCCCUUGGGGAAGGGUUGGGGAGCCUGUGCUCCACCGAGACCCCGGUCAGAGAGGGUCCAGUCGUGUCCUGGAGGCCAACCGUGUGGACCCAGGGUCCAGUAGCCUGGAUGCAGCCCUGAUUGUCUGUCUCCACUGUUGUUCUGUGUGCAACAUGCCCGUCACAUCGAUGCCCGCCCUGGACUCAUCCCUGAGCCCUAGAGAGGCUUCCUCAUCCUCUCGGCCACCCCCCGGGACCCCUGGUGAUGACCAUCCUGUUCUGCAUGCUGCUGGACCCCGUGUUACUCCUGACUCAGGGGCGCCACGAUCCCCCAGCCGUGGAAGGGGUCCCCGGCCUACAGAUGAAGUUCGACCCCAGGACGAUGGAACUGAGCUGGGACUGCGCAGAAAACACUACGUCCCUCGAAUGCGUGAUGAUCCACGAGGAGAAAGGAGAGAUCAGACGGCAGCUCAAGAACAAAGAAUGUCACUGCAAGUUUCUGGAUUAUUCUCUCCAUGGGGGAGUCACGUUCAUGGUUAAAGUCAAUACCACCCAAGGACUGAUUACAGAAAAACUGGUGUACACUAACCCAGGUGGGGAGGACACCGCGGCCCAAAACUUCUCCUGUUUUAUCUACAACGUGAGCUUCAUGAACUGCACUUGGGCGAGAGGUCCGGCGGCUCCUGAGGACGUGCAGUAUUUUUUGUAUAUUCAAAACUCAAAGAAAAAAGUUGUACAAGAGUGUCCUCAGUACAUAGAAGCCUCCGGAACCCACGUGGGGUGUUACGUGAACGACCUGUCAUGGUUAAGUUUCUACAACUACUUCCUGGUGAACGGUACCAGCCGACACAUCGGAAUCCAGUUCUUCGAUUCGAUUCUGUCCACGAAGAAAAUAGAGGUGUACAGCGCGCCCCGCAACGUCUCCGUGAACUGCAACGCGUCCCACUGCCUGGUGGCCUGGGGGAGGCCGCGCACCCGCCAGGCCCUGUCCGCGCGCGACUUCAAGUAUCAGCUGCACAUCGAGAAGCAGAACAAGGAACACACUGGAAAUCAACUGAUCGACGUGUCCGGGGACUUGGAAAAUAAAUACAACUUCCCGUGUCCGGAGCCAAGAGCCAAGCACACUGUCAAGAUUCGGACCUCGGACGCCCGGGCCGAGCGGUGGGGCCCCUGGAGUCAGCCCCUGGAGUUCGGCUCCACGAAACCCGCAGCCAGCUUUGUGCACGUCUACGUGCUGGUGGUGCUGGGGACCCUCGUCUGUGCCCUGAUUCUCAGCUGCGUUCUGAAAAGGGACACUUAUCGUAAUGAAAGGCUGUUUGAGUUUCCUGUGGCCGCAGGAAACAAAUGACCACAAGCCAGAUGGCUACAAACAGCAGAAAUUAAUCAUCUCCCAGCUCUGGAAACCA